CAAAAAAAAACUAAAGCCUCAUUCUCUCAACACCCCUCCCCCACGUCCGGUCAUGGCCGGCGAACGGCCGUGCCGCCGCAAUGGUGAUCGGAGCCCUCAACAAAUCGGGUUUUUAAUCCCGCCUUCAAACCCGUUCGAAGGCUCAACCUCCAUAUCCCGAAAGACCGAAGGAGAAGAGUCUUUCUUGCCUUCUCUUGGUCUGACUCCGGCGACGGAAAGGAGCCUCCGGCGACGGUGCUUACGGCGAUUCAGUGUCAGGCGCGCGUGGAGGAGUGGUGCCGGCGACGGCGGCAUGCGAGGGAGGCUGGCAGAGGCAUGCGGCGCUAGGAUUUCUGCAUUUCUUUUUGUUUGGCUGAAAUUGUUUAAGUUGUGGGCCAGUCGAGCCUCUAGGGUUUUUAUUUAUUUAUUUAUUUAUUGGGCAUUUGGGCAUUAUUAUUUUGGGUUAUUUUCAUUUGUUUUGGGUCUUUAGGCCCAGGUCAAAAUUGACCUGUUACAACACACACAUGUACAAUCAACAACUAGUGGUGUUUUUUUUUAGCCAUGUUGAAAUAUGUAUGAAACGUACAACUAGUGCUGCUUCCUCGCCUUACAUUCUAUCUUGAUGCACAAAUUAUUAUAAAUAAUUACAAGAGAAGUCUCUUUAUUUUUCACAAA